AUGCGCCGCGCCAACACGCCCACUCCCGCCCCAGACGCUCGCGCUGCCGCCGACCUCCUCCGCUCCGGCCCCGGGCAGCCAAAGGGCGAGGUGUACAAGCCGCCCGCAGGUGGUGCGAGCGCCGUCGGCGGCGGAGCGUGGGGAGCUGCUGCCGCGACUCAACCCAAGCCGGGCAAGCUCGCCGACGGCAGCGACUUCCUGACGCAGCUCGCCGCCUCGCUCGACAAGGUCCCGUCGUCCUGAGCGUUCUCUCUCUCUCUCGUAGCAGUGCCGCAUGUUGUACUCUCUCUCUCUCUCUCUC